AUGUCGACGACCCACUCUCAGACAAGAACCUCUACUACUACUACAUCUUCUGAUGAUGAAGACCAUAAUACGGAACCGUUUGUGGAACCACCCGUGAUUGCUAAAGCUGUAUCAGAAAAUACAGCUGAAUCUGAAACGACAUCAUUGCCAUACAAAUCUGAAACGACAAUCACCCUAACACCCUCUGUUAUAAAAGGAACUCUGUUUUUGCCGAUUACAGUCCUAAAAGAGGUACUGCCAAGUAUUAAGGAACCAGCCGUUGACAUCAAGGGGUGGGAAAAACUCCUUGAAGAGGAUAAGAAUAAUAUUCUUGCUAUGGUGCGAUCUGCAUCCAAAUCUGAAGAGGAUAAGAAUAAUAUUCUUGCUAUGGUGCGAUCUGCAUCCAAAUCCAACCAUCAACAACCUAGGCUCUCAAAAAAUGUUCAGUGCUACAACAGAUUAUUUUCCACCUUUUGUGACCUCUGCAAUUCCAUAGCCAAAGAACCAAGCUAUAGAGAAAAGACAAGAAUUGUAUCCGAUCUAUUGUUAACUCUGUCUAUCGAAGAUCUCGGAUUGUGGAUCCGUCUUCUUCUCCCGUGCGAGUUAAGGCGGAUUUACAACAUUAAGUCUAAACAGCUGGUCAAGCUCUUUGGACAGUUGUUUGGAGAAUCCGUUGAAGAGAUGACAAGAGAUCUUGACAUGAGCGGCGACGUGGCUGAUACCAUUACAAGAUUCUAUUGCAAACGAUAUUCAGCGAAUCAUUCGCCAAAGAUCACCCUCCGAGAGGUCGACCAGAUACUCGCUAAUCUGGAAGGCAAGACUAAAGAGACGGAACAGCUAGCCAUUCUGCAUUCUGUUGUCUACAAAAAUUUGCCUCCAAAAGAAUUCAUGAUGAUUGUCCGUCUCAUCGAGUGUAACUUGCGAAUUAACGCAGGUCCCAAGCACAUCCUUGAUGGUGUACACAAGGACGCUUAUGCAAUAUUUCAAACUACUAGAGAUAUUGACAUGGUACUGAGUAAGGUAAUGAAGAAUCCGUCUAGUUCUUUCGGCUCUUCUGUGUCUGCUUCUGCUGUUGUCCUCAUUCCAGUAAAGCCAAUGUUAGCAGAAAGAUGCAAGUCUGUUUCACAUGCAUUCAGAAAGUGCGGCAAUCAGACAAUCUAUUCGGAAAUCAAGUAUGAUGGUGAGCGUGUACAGAUUCACAGGAAGGGCACUAUCACAAAGUAUUUUACUCGCUCUCUAAAGCCUGUCAAUGAGCACAAGAUUAAACAAUUUGACAAAUAUAUUCCGAUGGCCUUUCCCGAAUCUGACGAAUAUAUAUUAGAUGCCGAGUUGGUGAUGAUGGAUAAUGAAACGGGCAUGCCCUUACCUUUUGGUACAUUGGGAAGAAAGGAGAUGGAAAAACACGAGAAUGCAAACCCAUGCCUAUUUGUCUUUGAUUUGCUAUUAUAUAACGGAGAGGAUCUCAUGAAAAUGAAGAUGUGUGAACGCAGAAGAAUGCUGGAGGAGAAUAUGGUGAAACAGAAGAAUCGAAUAAUGUUGUCGGAAAUGGUCAAGAUCGAACAACCUUCGGAACUAGAACAUGAUCUCGCGAGUUUUGGGUGA